AUGGACGGCGGAGGCAGGCUGAGAGCGGCGGAGGCGCGGCGGCAGUUCUUCAACCGGAUCCGCGGUAGAUCUUCAACCGGAGAGGCGUCUUCGCGACUUCAAGAGGGGCAACGUCUUGGCGGCGUUGUCUUCUACGGGCGGCGUCGUCUUCUUCAGCCGAAGGGAGUCGUCGAUCGGAUGGCGGGGGCUUCUUGUUGGCGGCGCUGGCGAAAAGAAGCGGCGGGGAGAGAGAGAGGAAAUACCCAGAAAGUUAUCGAGAAAGAUGUCACAUUUUUCUUCUGUAAAGACUCUCCUCCUCCCUGGUUCGAUGGCAGUAUUUCAGGAGAUUUUGGAUUCGACCCACUUGGAUUAGGAUCUGAUUCGGAACUGCUGAAAUGGUUUGCACAAGCUGAGCUAAUACACAGCAGAUGGGCAAUGCUUGCUGUGUCUGGAAUUCUGAUUCCAAAAUGGCUAGAAAGUCUGGGGUUUAUUGAGAAGUUCUCUUGGUACGAUGCAGGAGCACAAGAAUACUUCGCAGAUUCCACACCUUUAUAUAUAUUCUGA